GGCGCGGAAGUGGUUAGGAUGCUCGAGCGGGUUUAUCUCCAACCCAUAUUUACGAGCGCGUCCUGAGGCAGUUGGAUUAUCUGCUCGCGCUGACACACUUUUACCGAGGACAAUGUCUGCUCAUGGUAAGAAGAACGCUUCACAUUACUGGUGGAUCAAAGUUUUGGGUUUGAUGUAAUUGUAAGGGGAAGGCUUGAGACGCGCGUCUGGCGGGACUUUGGUGCCCCCUAUCGACGGGUCCUCUUCAGAGAGAGAGUGGGCGAACACAGAGCGGUACAAUGUCUCCGAGGGUCUAAAGGUUGUCAUGUUUUUUAACAUGUAUUGGUAAACUAAAUGUGACUCAUUACACAUCGUCGGAUGAUACAGGCUGAAUGCGACCUGUGAGUCACCCAUCUUCAAUCAGAUAAAGCUGAGGAAAUCCACCUGUGAACCGGGUUGUGGCGAGGGGUCCCAUUGGAGCAGUGAGGAGUUUAAUACUCCGGGGGGUCCACCACUGUAGCACCGUGCGGCUGGCCGGCGAAGACACACGCACACCCACACACCACUGGGGGAAAAGCUAUACCCAGCCAACGCUGAGGCGGUGAGCCGCAGUAUCCAGAGGUAUUGUGGCACAAGGAUAUGUGUUUUCUGUAAACCAAAAAUCAAUUCAAGAAUAUGUCGACCGCAGCCAAAGACAGCGCAGGAAGUGCUGCCAGGGGUUCAAAAGCGACCAAGGACUUUAAAAAGCCGACACCCGCUGCCCUGAAAGGAGCCAUCCAGCUGGGCAUCGGCUAUGCUGUGGGCAACCUCAGCUCCAAGCCCGAUAGAGAUGUUCUCAUGCAGGACUUCUCUGUGGUGGAGAGCGUGUAUCUGCCCAGUGAGGGAAGCACUCUCACUCCGGCACACCACUACCCUGACUUCCGUCUGAAGACGUACGCGCCACUCGCCUUUCGCUAUUUCAGGGAGCUGUUUGGCAUCAAACCAGACGACUAUCUUUACUCUAUGUGCAAUGAACCUCUGAUCGAACUCUCCAACCCCGGGGCCAGCAGUUCCUGGUUCUACCUGACCAGCGACGAUGAGUUUAUCAUUAAGACAGUGCAGCACAAAGAGGCAGAGUUUCUGCAGAAACUGCUCCCUGGCUACUACAUGAACCUGAACCAGAACCCGAGGACGCUGCUGCCCAAGUUCUACGGCCUCUACUACAUCAACUGCGGCGGGGUGAACGUCCGCGUGGUGGUCAUGAACAACGUGCUCCCGUGCGCGCUCAAGAUGAACUACAAGUACGACCUGAAGGGCUCCACGUACAAGCGCCGGGCCAACCGCAAGGAGAGAUUGAAGUCCUCGCCCACCUUCAAGGACCUGGACUUCCAGGAGAUGCACGAGGGCCUGCACUUUGAUGCCGAGACUUACAACGCCCUGAUGAAGACCCUGCAGAGAGACUGUCGGGUGUUGGAGAGCUUCAAGAUCAUGGACUACAGCCUGCUGCUGGGGGUCCACGUGCUGGACAAGAAGGUGGGGAGCCGAGGGGGCCGCGGGGACAGCCGUAGAGGCCAGAAGGUGCUGUACUCCACGGCCCUGGAGUCCAUCCAGGGGAACGCCAAGGACCCCGAGCCUGUGGUGGACGAUGACACAAUGGGUGGAAUUCCUGCAAAGCAUAAAGAUGAGAAAUUGCUCAUCUUCUUGGGGAUCAUUGAUAUCCUGCAAUCAUACCGGUUCAUCAAGAAAGUAGAGCACUCCUGGAAAGCUCUUGUCUACGAUGGGGAUACAGUUUCCGUUCACAGGCCUAAUUUUUAUGCCGACCGAUUCCUGAAUUUCAUGGGCACAACGGUGUUCAAAAAGAUCAAUGCCCUAAGGGGCACCUCCUCCAAGAGGAAGCGAGGCUCCCUGUACGCGGCCAAGUCGGCCUCCCAGGAGGUCCUGUCCCCUCUCCAGCCCGGCGAGGAGAAGAGGACCCAGAGCAUGGACCACCUGGAUGGAAAAAGCUUUAGCUCCUCCAACCAGCCAGAUCUGGUCCCGAAGAGCAGCGACUUGGCCCACGUUUCCUUUGACCUGGACUGCCCCCGUGACGAGGAGCCCAUAUUCAGCAGCCAAUCAGAUACAGAGCUGGACGUCUACUUGUGAGGUUGGAUGACCUCGCCUCCGCUGUGCCUCUCGAAGAAAAGCUCCUUUUUUAUUUUCUUGACACACACAAUGCAAUAGGUGAUCUUGUCUGCAGAAAUACGAAGUGACUGUGUGGCUAAUCAGAGGCCGAGAUUCUUUACAUCUGUUUUUCUUUCUUGUUUUGUUCUACUUCAACCAGGGUUCGUCAUAUCACUGUUCAAAUGCUACAAACUGAUGAUAGAUCUCAGAGGCUGGAUCCCUUGAAUAUCUAAAUAUAUUUAUUAGAUGGAACUACUGUAACUAUUGAUUAUAAAGUCAAUUUCAGCCACAUUUGUUACUGCUUAAAUGUGUCCUGUCUGCAAUGAACUGUUGCAAUACAGUUCUACAUCUGUUUCCUCAUUCAUUCUGUUUUUUAUCAUGGACAAUCUGCCUGCUAUGUACUGUAGAUUUACCCUGACCGUGUUACAUCUUUCAGCACUGAAUUUCCUUUUAUUAUCGGCUUGAGUCAAUCAUCCUGAGCAAGCAAUGAUCUUACUUAACAUUUUACUCAUUCAUUGGAAUGUGUUUGACUGUGUGUGUGUGUGUGUGUGUGUGUGUGUGUGUGUGUGUGUGUGUGUGUGUGUGUGUGUGUGUGUGUGUGUGUGUGUGUGUGUGUGUGUUUCAAAAUAUGAUAUUGUAAUAUAUAAAUGCACAUUGAUGCAUUGAUUUAAUUUUUGUAUAUAGUGAAAAAAUGGCUUAACGGUGAAAUCAUACCCAUUUCAAUUCAGUGUGGCUGUAAAGUGUUCAUUAUUGUAUUAUAGAAUAACUUUAUUUGCUAAAUAAAUACAUACUUUAUGUUGAAAAUGAA